AUGAAUAGAGAGACUCUUCAACAGCAAAAAAUUUUUUAUACUGCAGGUGGAUUAGAACCAGAAGAAAAUGAUGGGAUUAUUACAGGGCUUCAGUCAAAAUUGUUAGCAUUAGAGCAAAAGUAUAUAGAUUUCGUCGGAAAAUGUGCUAAUGUACUACAAGAAAAUACUUCACAAAUAAAUCAAGAAACCUAUAGUCAGGAUGCUGGAAACAAAGAGUCUAUCAGUGAAUUGUUAGAAGAAAAGAAAAAAAUUCAAAAUGAUUUAAAUUCUGUAAUUGAUGAGAAAAAUAAUAUAAAAGCAGACAAAAAAUCAAAGCUGAAAACAAUUGAAGAAAAAAUUUUUGAGCUUUGUAUGAAUAAUAGUGAAAAUAGGAAAACUGCGAGAUGAAUUAUUAGUGAAAUUAAGCUAAUGGUGGGAGUCCAAGACAAUGAGGAAGGGUUUAACAGAAAAUUUGAAAAAGAAUUGCAAAGGGAGAAAGACAAAUAUUUCAAAUUGAUUAAAAUGAAAGAUAUGGAAAAUUUGAAAUUGAGAAAAGAAAAGCAUGGACUUGAGAAGAUGGUAAAAGAAUUAAAUAAACAAAUAAGGGAUUUCAAAAAUUGCCAAGAAACGCCAUGCAAAAUUAGAACUGAAGGAUCAAGGCCAGCAUCUAGAUGUGAAGGAAACGAAAUAAAAAAGCUGAGAAUGAGCGUUUCAGGAUUUUCUCCUGCUCGAUCAGCUGUUUCUGGGUCUCCAGUCCCUGCAGCAAAGCAUAGACAAACGAGCAGAGAACUAAUAAAAUCAUUCGCUCCAAAAACAAAAGAAUUUAGCCCUCUUCGGAUAUCAAAAUCCAAUUCUCCUAUUUCUAGAUCAGUAUCCCCACAAAAUAAAGAAUUUCAUAAUAUUAAAAAAGAAUUGAUAGAAACUAAGCAAAGGCUAGAAAAAACAAUUGAAGAAAGAGAUAUCUUUAAGGCAUGAAAAAUAAACCAUAUGAAAAAUAACUCAGUUGGAUUAUUAGCGACUACUUCUAAUCAGGAUACAGAAAGCAAAAAUGCUAGCAGCACUAUAGCUCUUAUUCGAGCUAAAGCUAAUACAGUUAUAAAAGCAGCUAAAAAUUUCAUUGAUGCUACCAUAAGAGCAGAAAGAGCCAUUUUAAAUGCAGAAGCUGAUAGAAGCGAAACCCUUGAAAAGUGUGAAAAUUCUAAAGCAAAGCUUAGACAGAUUAUAAGGGAUUUUGAAAGUGAUAAAUUUUUAGAGGUUAUAGCAAAAACAUCAAAUAAAAAUGCGAUAAAUAGCAUAACAAUAGAAAAUAAGGAAAAUGAUUAUUUGCAAAAGCUCGAAGAAGAAAUUCAAAUAGAAAAAAAUAAAAACGAAAGCUUUAAUAAGAUUAUUGAAGAGAAAAGUAGAGAAAAUAAAAAAAUUAAGAGAGAAAUGGAAAAAUUGAAAGAGGAAACGAAUAGUGAAUUAAAAGAAAAAGACAAAGUAAUAGAAGAUUUGAAAAUUCAAAACUCUGAAUUGAAGACUACUAUGAAAAAUAUGAAAGAAAUUUUUCACCAGUCUCCAAAAGCUAAUCAAGAAUUAUCGAAAAUUAGAGAGGAAAAAAGUAAAACUGAAAAAAUGCUACUCAUGGUGAAAAACAUAUUUAUAAAUGAAAUGUUGAUUUAUGACAAAAAGAUUGAUGAAUUUUCUAAGAAUAUUUCACAUAUCAUUAUGCUUAAUGAAAAUAAAGUUAAGAAAUCGAAAGAAAUAUUAUAUAAAAUCAAAAUGAUGUGCAAACAAAAUAUUUCUGAUUUAAAGGAAAAAGCAUUGAAUAACGAAAAAAAUAAUAACUUAAUAAAUGAGCUGAAAGAAUCUAACAAAGCACUCAAAAAAUCCCAAAAAAAUAGUGAUGAUACUUACAAUCAGAAAUUGAAAGAGCUAAAUAAAAAAUUAAGGGAGCUUGAAGAUACAAAACAAAUUCUUGAAAAAAAACUUGAAAAUGCUAAUGAAACCCAAGACAUGAAUGAGUCUAGCAAAAACACCGAAUUUGAGAAACUAAUGCAAAUAAAUUCAGAAUUAAGAAGUGAAAUUGAUAUUCUUGAAAAGCAAAUUAAAACACAAAAAAAAGAAUUUGAUGCAUUUAGCAUUCAAUUAGAAAUAGAAAUGAAAAGCGAAAUAGAAGACCUUGAAAGUAAGAUAAAAUCACAAAAAGAAGAAUAUGAUAAUCGAAAUAACCAAUUAGAAAAAGAAUUAAAUAACUCAAGAGAAAAAUGUUAUGAUCUGCAAAUUAUAAAUGAAAAUCUGAAAACUGAAAUAAGCAGCAAUGAGUCUAAAAUUCAAAGUCUUCAAGAAAACAUGAGCUUAAUAGAAAAAAAAGAAGCAGCUAAAAUCAUUGAAAAAGACUUGAAAAUUGAAGAGUUCAAUGAAAACAUAUCAAAACUUGAAAUUAUCAUGAAAAAUAAUAGCCGCGACACAGAAGAAAAAAUCCACAAUCUUAAUGAAAAAAUAUUUGAAUUAAAUAAAAUUGUACGGAUCAGCACUUCUAAACUUGAGGAGAAAAUUGAACUUCAAGGAGAGCUUGAGAAUGAAUUGAAUGAAGUUAUAAAUGAAAAUAACGAAUUAAGGUCACAAAUUGAUAGUGCCUAUUUAGAAUUGAAUGAGAUGAAAAAAAAUAUGCAAAAGGAAAAAAAUAUUAAUAAAGAAACAAAAAUUGCUAUAGCUGAGAUUUCAGAAAAAUUGACUAAUGAAUUUCAAUCUGAAAAAGAAAAAAUUAUUUCAGGGUAUAAUGAAAGAGUUAAAGAACUUGAAAAUGAAAAAGCAAAAGUCUUAUCUGACCAAAGUGAACAAAUUGAAAAACUCUCUAAUGAAAUUAACAAACUAAAUGAAGCAAAAUUAUUGAUUCAUGAAAAUCUUACAACGAACAUAGUACCAAAUCCUGAAACGCCAACUUUAAUCAAUGCUAAAGAGAUUAUUGAUAUCGUCAACAAAAUAACACAAAAAGAUUAUUCAGAAAUAGAAAUUCUUCCAAAUCUCGAAAAUAUUUUAAGUGAAAUUAAGUUUGAAUAUGAAAAAACUUGCGAGAGAAAUUCCCAGCUGGAAAAAUUUUGCAUUAAAUAUACAGAAGAAACCACUAAUAAAUUAAAGGUUUUAGAAGAGGAGAGACUUUCAUCUAUUGCAAGAGAAAAGGAGUUAAAAGAGCAGCUUCAAGACUUGAAAAUUAUCAAAUAUGAAAUUGCAAAGCAGUUAGAUGAUGCUAAGGCAGAAUUAUCCAGGCUCAAUGAUACUUUAGAAUCAGAGAAAUUAAACUCUGCUAAAAUAUUAGAGGAAAACGAAAAUUAUAACAAAAUAAUAGACUCAAACACAAAUAUAAUCCAAAAUUUAAAUGAAGAAAUAAAAAACCUUAACUCUUUCAUUCUUACAAAAGAUUCCAAUCCAAUUCCCCAAAAAUGGAAAUUUGUAACGAUACUUGAUCGAACUAACUAUUUCAUAUGGUCAAACAUAAAACCAAUUCUCCUGCCCACCUCAAAUCUAGCUGCUUGCUCCUCCGCAAUUAUAAUGUGACUUUUGGCAUAUUUUCCAAUAUAUUACUAGCUAAUAAAAUCUUUAUAUAGGUAAGAAAAUUAAUACAACAAUUAUGUUAGUUAAUAAAAAUGAGAAUUUUUAGCUCUAAAUUUGGUCGAACUGUCGGUGGUCUUUUGAUUAGAAUGGUGAGAGUAAGAAGAAAAAUUCUGAAAUUUCAGCUGAUUUUGCGAAUAAAAAAUCUAUAAUAGCUAAGCUGACAGAUGACAAAGAAUAUUUAGAACAAAGAUUACAGUCAGCAAUUGCAUCAUCUCAGCUCUCAGGAAAUCAGCUUAGAGAGCAUAAUAUUAAACUCCAAUCUCAGUUAGCUUUAUUGGAAUCUUCUAAUAACAAUUUCACCAAAAUAAAAAUACAGUUAGAAAGUAAAAAUGCUGAACUUGAAACAGAAAGCAUAGAAAACACCAAAAUUAUUGAUGAAAAGAGCGAAAUGAUUGAUUCUCAACAACAAAGAAUAGGCCAACUAGACUAUGAACUAACCCAAGCUAAAUCUAAGCUAGAAAUAGCUCUAAAUGACUAUGAGAAUGAAAAGAAAAAAAAUAUUGAACUCACCAAUAGAAUCCAAAAUGAAGAAAUCACAUAUCAAACUAAUAUAGACUCAUUAGAAAAUGAAUUAAGAGUCCUUAAGCAGCAAGAUAAAGGGUUAAUUACAAGAAAAAACUCUGCUCCUUUAACAGAACCUCCUGGGGAUGGAGUCCAAUUUAAGUCUUCAAAUAUAAAACUAUUUAUUGAUACUUCACAAGAAGGCUUAAGAAGAGGCUCUCAUGAUUCUGAAAAUUCUAAAGCAAGUGGAGAAAAAUCUUCAAAAAACAUUCAAGAACUGAUAAAUCAAUUGGAAAAUUUCAUUGAGAAAAGCAAUGAAAGAAAAAUUCCUGAAUCAUUGGUCAGUUUAUUUAAUAGAUAUGUAUCGAAGCCACAAUCAAUCAGCAUCGAUCAUGACAUUGAUAUAAUUUCUUCAGAAAGUCCUCAUAAAGCUAACUAUCCCCAAUUAUCAAGUGAGUCUCCUACAUCAUCAGUUCACGAUCAUGACACUGUAUCGGUUGACAGCUCGUCUCAAAGCCAAGAGCCUAACUAUCGAGCCCAUUUCAAAAUUUUAGAGCAAAAAAAGAUAAUUGACGAUUUGAAUAAAAAACUUGCAAACAAAAAAAAUAAAUUGCAAACCACUUUAGAGCUCACAAAAGUUCUUAAAGAAAACAUAAAAGAACUUCAGCAUAAGCAAUUUAUGAAUUUUGAUACAGAACAUUUAAGAAACUCUUUUACAAAUCUAGUGAAAGCUCUUCCACCUUUAAAUAAAGAAUCUCAAGCAAUUUUGCAAAUCAUUAAAUCUCAGUUGAGCCUUCAAGAUGAUGUUGUCCAUUCAGAAGGGUCCAUAAGAGAAAGCAAAAAAGGAAGGUGGAGUAUUUUUAAUAAAAAGGAUUAA